AAGAAACGCGUCAGGAACUUUUCCGCCGAUGACCGCGCCGCCCAUCGCAUUUUUGAAAGGGGUCGUCGCGAAGCCUUCAAGGAACGCUUGAUUGAACUCGCCGGCCAGCUACCAGUCCUUGCAGACACUGAUCCCGAGCGGCUGUCGAAGCAUGUCGUCGUUAAUGAGAGCAUUGCCCGGCACAAGCUCCUGGAGAACCGAUGCGUUGACGCUCUUCGAGAUAUUGAGUCCUUGCUACGAGAGCGCGAUGAGCUGUUGGCAGAAAUCAAUGUCUGGAGAGGCAACGCCGGCGCGAGUCCCCAGCUGCCGAAAAGCAUGUCU